UGACAAAUUACAAACGAACAUGUAGACAUUAAAGAAGAUAAUAGAUGCGGUCUCCACUUUCUCAUAGUUGAGGUGUCUCACUUGUUGAGUUUGUGCUCAUCCAAAACCAACAGAAAAUUCACCAACUUCAGAGAGCCUUAUAAGUUCUCAACAACUUGUGUGUUGUUUAUCCGAUGGGAGAAGAAAGCUUAACAAUCCAUAACAAAAUGGAAGAAGUUGUUGAAAGAGAAGAAGAAGAAGUAAUAGACCCAGAAGGCAAUCCACUAAAUCAGCCUCUACUCAUCAAGAGGAAUCGGACACUGUCUUCCAAUCCACUUGCUCUGGUCGGAGCAAAAGUUUCCUAUAUAGAAAGCUUGGACUAUGAGAUAAAUGAGAAUGAUCUGUUCAAGCAUAAUUGGAGAAGCAGAUCAAGAGUUGAAGUAUUGCAGUACAUAUUCUUGAAAUGGACCCUGGCACUUCUUGUUGGACUUCUCACUGGUAUUAUAGCCACCCUCAUCAAUCUUGCUGUUGAGAACAUUGCAGGAUACAAGCUUCUGGCUGUUCUUAGAUACAUCCACACAGAAAGGUACUUGGCGGGUUUCCUAUAUUUCACGGGCGUUAAUUUGUUCUUAACAUUGAUUGCUGCUGUUCUGUGUGUGUGUUUUGCACCCACAGCAGCUGGACCGGGAAUACCUGAAAUCAAAGCUUAUCUUAAUGGCAUUGAUACUCCCAACAUGUUUGGUGCUACAACGUUAAUAGUCAAGAUAAUUGGAAGCAUUGGAGCCGUCGCUGCAGGCUUAGAUCUGGGGAAAGAAGGACCCUUGGUACACAUAGGAAGCUGCAUUGCUUCCUUACUAGGCCAGGGAGGCCCUGACAAUUACAAGAUCAAAUGGCGCUGGCUCCGAUACUUCAACAACGAUCGCGAUCGCCGGGAUCUUAUUACCUGCGGUGCAUCUGCAGGAGUUUGUGCAGCGUUUCGCGCACCUGUGGGUGGAGUUCUCUUUGCCCUUGAAGAGGUGGCAACAUGGUGGAGGAGUGCACUCCUAUGGAGAACUUUCUUCUGCACAGCUGUUGUGGUGGUGGUGCUCAGGGCCUUCAUUGAAAUCUGCAACUCUGGGAAAUGUGGCCUUUUUGGGUCAGGAGGGUUGAUCAUGUUUGAUGUGAGCAAUGUCACUGUUAGGUACCAUCCUAUUGAUAUCAUCCCAGUUGUAGUCAUUGGAAUCGUAGGUGGGAUAUUGGGAAGCCUUUACAAUCAUCUUCUACACAAGAUCCUCAGACUCUACAAUCUCAUCAAUCAGAAAGGAAGAAUGCACAAACUCCUCCUCAGUCUUGCAGUUGCACUCUUCACAUCAGUGUGUCAAUAUGGUCUCCCAUUCCUAGCAAAAUGUACCCCUUGUGGCUCACUGCCUCCAGAUUCAGAGUCUGUCUGCCCCACCAAUGGAAGGUCUGGAAAUUUCAAACAAUUCAACUGCCCACCUGGCCACUACAACGAUCUUGCCACCCUUCUGCUUACAACUAAUGACGAUGCUGUUCGAAACAUAUUCUCAACAAACACUUCUCAAGAAUAUCAACCCUUCUCCCUCCUAAUUUUCUUUGCACUCUAUUGCAUAUUGGGACUCUUUACUUUUGGAAUUGCCGUGCCGUCCGGACUGUUCCUCCCAAUCAUCCUUAUGGGCUCAGGUUAUGGCCGCCUUAUCGGCAUCUUCAUGGAACCUUACACAAAAAAUGAUCAAGGGUUGUUUGCAGUACUUGGUGCAGCCUCCCUCAUGGCUGGUUCCAUGAGGAUGACUGUAUCCUUAUGUGUGAUCUUCCUUGAACUCACCAGCAAUCUUCUCCUGCUACCAAUAACAAUGAUGGUUCUCCUAAUAGCCAAAACUGUCGGAGACUGUUUCAAUCCAAGCAUCUAUGAGAUUAUACUGCACUUGAAAGGCCUUCCUUUCAUGGAUGCAAAUCCUGAACCAUGGAUGAGAAAUCUCACUGUAGGUGAUCUUGUUGAUGUCAAGCCAGCAGUGAUUUCCCUCCAUGGAGUAGAAAAGGUAGCCAAUAUAGUAGAUGCCUUGAAAAACACCACCCAUAACGGUUUCCCUGUUAUGGAUGAUGGGGUAGUACCACCGGUAGGACAGGCCAAUGAGGCAACAGAACUGCAUGGACUAAUUCUAAGAGCACACCUUAUCCAAGCAUUAAAAAAGAAGUGGUUCUUGAAAGAGAGAAGGAGAACAGAGGAAUGGGAAGUAAGAGAGAAAUUUACCUCGGUAGAGCUGGCUGAGAGAGGGAAUAUGGAAGAGGUGGCUAUAACAAGGGAGGAAAUGGAGAUGUUUGUUGAUCUACAGCCUCUCACUAAUACAACUCCCUUUACAGUGCUAGAGAGCGUAUCAGUAGCAAAGGCAAUGAUCCUCUUCAGGCAAGUUGGACUUCGCCAUCUGCUUGUGGUACCCAAGUAUCAGGCAUCUGGGGUAUCCCCUGUAAUUGGGAUCUUGACCAGACAGGAUCUACUGCCCUACAACAUUCUGACAGUCUUUCCUCACCUGGCAAAACAUAAGAACAGAGAAAAGAGGAACUGAAGCUUUCCUAGUCAUUGAAUGGCCAGCAGCUCUCUUGGCACAAAUUGGUUUUUUUAUUUCAUGAGAAGUUAUUACUCAGUUUUGUUUUACUUGAAUUAAAAGCAUGAAGAUGUAUAAGCUUCAAAUUUGAUUGAAAACUAUAUACAUUAAAUUCCUUCUACACAAAA